AUGUCUUCGUAUCCAUAUAGUCAGUCCUCUCAUUUUGUUGAACUGUUGAACAGUCAACAAGAGAGUGGCUCGAUAUUUCUUUGUGUCGCACUUGGAUCAUCACAACCUCCAGUCUUCAGUUCUCAAGCAAACCCUGAAGAUCCAAGCUUCAUUAAAGACAAGCCUACAGAGAGAAGAUCCGAUUAUAGCAACGAGCAGAAGUUAGGGGCCUUUUGGAAACAUUCAGACUAUUUUGCUGCAAGUCCGAAGGCUGCAGAAAAAGAAAACCGAGAGCCUGAGCCUAUUCAGUGUAAGCAGCAGUGGCAGAAGAUCAAUGACGUUGUAUGCAAGUUCUCUGGAUCCUACGAGGCUGAAACAAGGAAGAAAUCAAGUGGUCAAAACGAGAAUGAUGUUCUCAAACUAGCUCACGAGAUAUUCUGCAAUGACCAUAAGAAUAAGUUCACAUUGGACCACGCUUGGAAGGAGCUGCGUAAUGACCAGAAAUGGUGA